AUGCCCACCAAUAUAGGCGUCAACUGGCACAGGAAGAUUCACAGCAAACCAAAAGAUGCUCCUCCUCCGUUGAAGAUCAGUGCCGAUGAUCUUGCAACAGUUUCUGAAGAUGCGAGUGACCGUCGCCGUCAUCAUGGAUGGCGAAUCGCGGUACAAGGAAGUCGGCCUGCAACUCCAGUGAGCACAACUCCAGCAAGCGCAACUCCGGUUAGUAUAGCACCGACUACACCCGUGGUAGAGGAUCGGGGCGAUCGUUCCGAAAUGGAUGCACGAAGUGAUCGCUCAGGUGCAGCAACGCCUGGCUGGAACUCCAGACCUAACGCUUCGCGGUACACCACUCUAUUCAACAACUUCAAGGAGACGUCGAGAGAAUCGGAGUUCACCGAGCCAUGGAGCGAAUACGCGCCGCCACCUUAUCAACCUACUGUUGAUCCACUGGGUGCUCUACAGUCCAUCCGCUCGUACAUGCUUAGCCAGUCAUCGAAGCCUAUCCCAUUGGACUAUCACUGUGGUUUGUUUAGGAUUUUUGAAGACUACCGCAAUUCCAAGAAUGAGAAGGAGCAACUAGAAAUAUUAUUCGAGAAGAUGUGCAAAGAUUGGACAAUAGAAGAGCAGCAGUGGGCUGCUUCUCAGCGUCGAUAUGAAGCUGACGUUCAUCGUCUCAGAAUGCUCUUGGCCCAAGGCACGAAUGAUGUGACUAACUUGAAGGAUGGGCAGGAAAUCAAGACAAAUUCUCAGCGAAAGACCGUUGAGACUGAUAGGCUCCCACCAACGCUCGAAGCCUUGUCUCAUGAGCAGAUAGAUGAACAGCUCAGGUUCACAAUCCAACGAGCCCGUCUUCAACGUCCUAAAUCACCCUCUGCAACCAUGACUGCUUUGUCUAAGCAAUUCACAGCUGGACCAACGGAUCUGCUCAUCGGUGCUCCACCCAGCAUAAACAGACGAACGACUCUGUCUCGUAAGGUUCAGAAUGAGGUGAAUUCAGAUGUGAUGGGUCAAAUUGAAACUUCGCAUCCUGCCUCCGACUCCGUGAACUCUAGUUUCUCGGGUACGGGCGAUCCGUUGCCAGACGAGAUCGCAGCGCACACAACGGCACCGAUCAAUUUGGCAGCUGAGUGUGAGGCACUCGUAGAACUCCGAGAUCUUGGCAAGCUUGUCGCACUCCGAAAAGGCCUGAAAGUCGAUGUUUUCGUUAACGGUCUUAUGAAGCUGUUCGCAGAAACUGAUGUUGUAGACUGCAACGAACGCCUCGAUGAAGAUGCAUGCAAAGAAAAACAGCUACAAUCAUCUCCAUUGGAGGACAACCGUGCUUGCAGGUUGUCUUCUAUCGAGGAGACCUUAACAUCAACGCCCACUCUGAGAAGGCUUCAAUCCCAGCCACAACUGGGAUCCGACCAGAAACACCGUCGUCACUUUUCUUUUGAGCCUGGUGACGAUUGGAUUCAGGCACUCGAAGAGAAACGUCAUUCAUACGAUAUGGGUCAUUCUUGUGAUGAUUCUUCAGAAUCGGAGUGUCAACCUUCAGUCAGUUCUCGCAUUCCCAUACUCGAGUCCCAACUAGAAGAACUGAAUCGUUCCCCACAAACUCUACACUCGGAUGUACAAAAGCCAUCGAAGAUUCCAAGCCCAAUGGGACGGGUGCGUCGCGAGAACUCCGCCUCGAGUCUACAGUCUGUCUUUCUCAGAUCCAAUCAAGACCUUCGUCGCGACUCGCGCUCCAGCAUCCUAACCGCCUUUCGAAACAGUUCCAGCGGAAACCUACAACCAAGUAAGAGCAGGUGUAGCUCGAUUCAUGAUUUGCGCACGGCAGAGUCUCCAUUGGCGUCUAAGGGUCAAUCACACAAACUUCGAGUUCACAACAGUGCUAUCCCCAAGGCGAAAGAGCAUGCCGACCAAUCGGCAGCACUUGGGGGCGGCAGUCCUACGCAGAGCAGCACAGGACCAUCCAUCGUUGGAUCGCCUGCUCGCCAGACUCGCAGUAUGUGUCUGGUCAAAUCUGAGAACAACGAAUCCUACGAGUGA